AUGGCAAAGAUUGGUUUAUUUGAUUUAGAAAGGCACUUUGCUUUCUAUGGAGCAUACCAUCGUAAUCCAAUAAACAUAUUUAUUCAUAUGUUGUUUGUUUGGCCAAUCUUUUUCGCUGCUCUUCUCAUUCUUUACUUCACUCCUUUCUUCAACGUCCCUCACGUAGAGUUUUCUUUCUUUGGAACCGAUUUUGUUCUGGUUUUUAACAUGGGGUUCUUGUUUGCUUUGAUAUAUUCUUUCUUCUAUAUCUUUUUGGACUUCAAAGCCGGUUCCUUGGCUGCUCUUUUUUGUCUGGUUUGUUGGGUAGCCAGCAGUUCUGUAGCGAGAUGGCUCGGAUUUUCACUUGCUUGGAAGGUUGUUCUUGUGGCUCAGCUAUUGUGUUGGACUGGACAGUUUAUUGGUCAUGGAGUCUUCGAGAAACGAGCACCAGCAUUGCUGGACAAUCUUGCUCAAGCCUUUUUAAUGGCUCCCUUCUUUGUGCUGCUGGAGGCUCUUCAAACAUUCUUCGGUUAUGAACCAUACCCAGGGUUUCGUGCAAUUGUGCAAGCAAAGAUUGAAGAUGAAAUCAAUGAAUGGCAAGACAACAAGCAGAGAUUGAUUCCCAAGGUUUGCAAUGAGGUCUCUGCUCCUUUUAGUUCACAAACAUGAUCAAGCAUAAGUAAACUGUGCCGUGCUUGUAACGUUUAUGUGUAUGAACACCAUGUGACUAAAAUGCUAAACUUGAAAUAUACAUAAGUUUUAAAAAAAAGAAAAAUGAAGAAAGGGCUAUACGGGCCAACACCUAAGAAUCAAAUAUCUCUCAGGACACAGAACAACUCUUCUCCUUUAUUCUUCUUUCCGCUCUGCCUCGACCUUUGAUUCAAUUCUUAAUCCUUUCUAAUUAAUUUUUAAAAUUAUAUUGAUCUAUUUAUUCAAAAUAGAUGAAGGAAUGCAUAUGAACUAUAGGAUAUAUGCUGAUUCUUUUGUAAUAAAUAAAAAAAUUGUUCUCCUCCAAAUCCAAGAUAACGAUAUCAUAUACGUAUUGAACAGAUACACAAUGGAAGGUUAUAAGUUUUUAGGGGU